AACAUGACGAACGUCAUGAAUGGUCAACUAAAAUCUAUUGAUGUGUAACUUCAGGUGGCAUCCUUCAUGUAUCCUGGUCCUCUGCUCCUUGUGCAGCCAGCAUCUGGGGAGCAAGUGCAAAAAAUGGUGGGUGCAUCAAAAAAGCUGCAAUAUUGGAGGCUUUAUGUUCUGUCGAUGGUGUUGGGAAUCGGUGGAUCCUUUCAGUAUGGGAUUCAGGUGUCUGUCAUUGCUUCUCCAGAAGUGCACGUUCAGAGUUUUGUGAACUACACAUGGAAGUUGAGGUACGGUGCUCCAGUGGACGACUCUGCCAACCAGCUCAUCUGGUCCUUCAUCGUGGCUGUGUUGAGUCUCGGUGCCUGGGCCGGGGCCAUUCACAGCGGCAGCCUUCCCGUCACUUAUGGCCGGAAAAAAGCCCUCUUAUUCAACAAUGUUGUGGCGAUUGUUGCUGCUCUGCUCAUGCUCUUCAGUCGCAUGGCCAAAUCCUUUGAGAUGAUUUUGCUGGGCAGAUUUCUCUAUGGAUAUAAUGUUGGUCUUGGCCUGAGUGUUCACCUCAUGUAUCUCGGGGAGAGUUCGCCAAAGAAACUCAGAGGUUUCCUGACUCUCACCAGCUCAAUCUUCAUCGGUUUUGGGAAAGUAACUGGUCAAAUAAUUGGCAUCAAGGAGAUGAUGGGAACAGAGGACAUGUGGCCGUAUCUCUUGGCUGUUAGCGGAAUUCCUGCCGUCCUGCAGUUUGUGAUGCUGCUUUUCUUCCCCGAGGCUCCUCGAUACCUUUACAUUGACAGAGGAGACACUGAAGGCUGCAGAAGAGCCUUGCAGUGGCUGUGGCAGGAGGAGGACUUAAAGCUGGAGUUGGAUGACAUGGAGAAGGAGAAAGAGAGCGCACAGGGAGAGAAGGUGAAGACUGUGAAGGACGUGUUGACCUCCCGCUGUGUGAGAUGGCAACUGCUGACUCUGGCCAUCCCCUGUGCUGGAGUUCAGUUCUGCGGCAUCAACGCCCUGUACUUCUAUGCCUUUGACAUCUUCCGCGAGUCGGGAGUGCCAAAUGACAAGAUGCAUUACUUGGCCAUUGGUAUCGGAGCAACAGAGUUAAUGGCAAUAACCCUGUGUUCUUUCUUGAUAGAUCGUGCCGGCAGAAAGAAACUGAUGGGGUAUGGCUAUCUCCUGAUGGGCAUCACAAUGUCUCUACUUACGGUCAUGCUGUCCAUCAAGGAUCUUAAUUCAUGGAUCCCAUAUGUGAACAUUGCCCUGAUCUUUUGUGUCAUCUGCAUUUAUGGACUUGGACCUUCCGGAGUGUCUAUGGCUCUACCCGCUGACCUUUUCCUACAAGCCUGGCGUCCUUCUGCUUAUGUGAUCAGUGGGACGAUCAACUGGCUCAGCAUGUUCCUUGUGGGGAUGUUAUUCGGCUACGUAGUGGAUGGACUUGGUCAAUUCUGCUUUCUGAUUUUUGUGGCUUACUCCAUUUUCAGUGCAGGAUUUAUGAUUCGUUUUGUCCCAGAGACCAAAGGAAAGACAAUGGUUGAGAUUAUGGAAGACUUCAACAAACUGAAUUACAAGAACAGUGGAAUUGACGUAGAAACAACUGAUAUCACUCUUUCAACAAAAUUUUAAUUUUGUUGUUUUUUUGGGGGGUGGGACAUAUUUUAUCAUUUGUAAUUUUUUCGCAGCAACCUUUGGUUAAGCCUUGUGUAUUUAAGAGAGGAACAUUUUCAUUAAUUGUGAAUUAUUCUACAGGAAGCACAUUUUAUUUGCUAACCAUCUAACCUGAGAACAUUUUCAAAUCUUUCAAUCUGACAGGUAGUUGGUUCAUUCACUGAAACACUAUUAGAUGAUGUGAUCUGUGCACAGUAUACUGCCAGAUGAAAGUCUGCCAGCAUUAUAUAUUUUUUUUUUCUUUUUUAUUUCUGGACACAGUCCAUAAUGUUUGUUUACAUAAAGACACAACAGCAGGUGAAUAGAGCUGCGUUGAAAACACUGGAGGCUUCAUACCACUUAAAUAUAAUAUUAUUAAAACAUAGAACAUUUGUUCUAUGUUACCCACAAAACUGUCUCUGCAUGUUCCCAUUAGAAGAAAAGACAAAUGUCUACAAAAUCAGUCGGUCAGUAAAUCUCAACAAUAUGUUAUGAGUUGGAAACGUUCAAUUGGUGUGAAGAUGUUUGUUUUGAAGUAUAUAAUCCCGGGGGAAAAAAAAUCUGGGCCAAAUGUUAGGAGCUUUUUCAAUUGCAGUUUAUUCGAUGCCCACAUCUCUGUACCAACGAGAGAGAUGAGAUUCAAGAACAGAGUACAAAAACAAAUAUCUAUAGAAAAGUUUGCUUAAAUCUAAAUAUGUCCAAAGACACAUGUAGCUCACACGUUUUAAGAGCAGUCUUGUUGAAUACGAUGAUAAAAUACCAAGUUAACAUAUUGUACAUUUUUGCGUGUGUUUUAAUAGAAAAGUGUCCUCACAAGUCACUCUGUACAAGUCUCAACCUUUAGAAAAGAGGAUCUUUUUUUAAUCCACUGCUGUGCACAAUCAGUAUUUGGAAGGCACUUUGCAACAGGCCAAAAGCAGAAAGCAAAACCAUUCAGGUCUAAAUGAUCAAUGAAAAGAUCUUUUUUUUUUAAAUUUUUUUUUUACUCUUGAGUACCAAACAUGGGUGAAACAAAAUCAUAAAUCCCUGUGAAGAAAACACUCUCCUUCCUGACGGCAUCUUCCACUUGAUAUCAAACUAUAAUCACAGAACAACCCUUAUUAACUUUGUAGUUGAACAUACUAGUGCAUGAGUGGAUCAAAAAAUAAGGACAAAAACACUUUGUCAAAGACGCAGGUCGUGCAGCUGGGCAGUGUGAGCGCUACCAGAGCACAGUGACAGCACAGUGAACUGCCACCAACCAGUGAUUGACAUUCAGUCUCCAGCUCAGCUCUCAUGCCAGAACAUGCAGUUCACACUUUCCAAUCAAAAUGGCCAUAACUUAACACCCCUCCAUAUAACCGACAAGAAAUAACACCAAAAGAAAAUCUAUAUAUGUACAGGACCACCACUGACAAACAUUGAUCAUAUUGGUUGGUUCAUAUAUAUAUAUAUAUAUAUAUUUAUAUUCAUAUAUAUAUCCAUAGACUGUGUUUAUGAAUGGUAUAUACACUCGAUACAAUCACAAUAAAACCAUAAAUAAUAUAGGAAUGUACUGAAUUUAACAGACGACAUUACUCACAAAUUAUAAUUAAACAGAAAGCAGGAGACAAACACACAGAUGCCACAGCUACACUCUUUUGACAGUACACACACACACACACACACACACACACACACACACACACACACACACACACACACACACACACACACACACA